UCCUGUCAUUUAGGACUGUUUCCUGAAAGACUUGACUAUGAAGUGUUUUAUAAAACUUACCAGAGCUGUUUAGUGUUAUGUUAACAUCUUGGAUACGCGUCCUACGAGCAUAUGUGGAAAUAAAUGAAAACAAAAAUGAUAUUAAAACUAAUAUACCUUCUUUCGAUAACGUUCUUCACAGCGUUGGGUGAUGAAGAGUUUUCGAUGAAAGAGUUAGAGAUGACUAUCAAAUUGAUAGAGCAUGACAUUAAUGGGAUGAAAAGGAAAGUCUGGAUCGAGCUUCCAGAUAAAUUGCAUCGUUUGGAAAAAGAGUUAUCGAAUCGAUCAUUCGUCGAUAAUAAUCAAAAUGUGUAUAACUAUAGUGCUGGAAAUUGUGAUUCAUCUGUUAAAACCUUACAAAAUAUUGAUAACCUCCAUGGCAGGUUGACAAAAGCGUUUGAAGCUGAAAAGUUCAGAGCAAAAAUAACUGAAAUAAAACUUGAACAAUUGGAAAGUACUCUGAAGGAGUAUUUAGAAAAUGUGGAGAGAAUCAACGCAAACAGUUUGAAAAUCAGGGUGCUAGAAGAGGACAUUUCUAAAAUAGAACGGUCGGAUCGGAACCAAAGUCAAAUUAUCCAAGCGUUGCAGCUUCGAUUAAAAGAAAUUCACGGCAAAAUGAUAUCAUUCGAUGCAUGGAAAGGAAUCCAGGUGGUUUCAAAUGAUAAUAUAACAAAGCUUCUUGCAGAUCUCUCUUAUACAAUUGAUUCAGUCAAAAGUUCUGUAGAACAACUGGAACGAAUGAACUUUAAACAAUCAUACAAACCAUCUUUCAUCAGUAAGUGGUAUUUGAUGAAAGCGCUAGAUGAACAGCUCUCGCAUUUAACUAUUGAGCAUGGAUUAGGGGUUUUACCAUAUAAAGUUGAGGUUCAAAUUCGUCCUGUUUCAGGCCCCAAUUCCGGCUGGGUGUUUAAAGGUGACAGUGCAAUCCGUAGUGAUGACGACUUGAAUAAAAAAUAUGGAGGAAUAGUGUAUUUUUACAACGAAGAGAAAGUGGAAUUAAUUGCGCCAGUGAAGGGUAAUAAUAAUCGAGACAUCGGUGUUAUCAUCAACACUGGACAGGAAGAUGGAAGACGGUUGGGAAAUAACCACGACGCUGUGAAUCAGGCGUUUGUUCGUGUAAAGAUUUGGGCUCCGAGGGACCUUCCUACUCCGGACUUUCAAUCAGAAUGGCUACCAAUGGAUAUUGAAGAUCCAGCAAAGACAUACCAAGAAAUUGAACACUCUUUAGACGGGUAUCCAGGAUUACUGUCUGUCCAGAUAAAAUGUGAAUCGCCAAAGAGCUACCUUAUAUCCGACGGAACGGGAGCAGCAUCAAUUCACACGCGGGAAUAUGAUAACACCGGGGGAACUGUAUGGUCAUACAACGACAAAUAUGUAAGGAUGUGGGUCGGCCAUGAUUUAAGAGACAAAUACGAAUACAGAUUAUUUGGUGGUGUACCUGAUGGAUGGUUCGAUAUGUUGACGGGAUUUGACACAGCUCGUGGGAAGGUUCGUGUACUGGCUUGGAAAACAACAACAUUUGGUAAUGGAAAUCUUGAAUCUGUUUCAGACGAUACUGUUGUGUUUCCAGAGUGGCAACCAUUCAAAGCUAUUGACUAUGAACGCGACUUUGUAUCGUUAUUUGUGGAAGCGAACGAAGGUCCGAAUAAGGGUUUUCGAUUUCCGGCAUCUGGAAGUUCACAAGCCAAGACAUCUCCGUUUGGCGGCGUCGUGUUCGCUUAUGAAACGUGUGGCAAAUUCCGAAUGUGGCGUCCAAGCCCAGACAUCGAUGGAUUCCUAAUUCACGUCCCACGUUUCUAUGGGAACGGCGUGCAUAGCCAAGCCACGAACAAUGCUUCUUAUGUUGCUGUUUUGUUGAAAACAUGAAACUGUAAUGUGUAAGAUAUCACAUAACCUAUAAGACGCUUCUUUUUAUCAGGGCAAAACUCACUUAAUCAUUUUGCUUUUGGGAUAAUGAAUAUUAAUCUUGCAACUGUCUCUUCUCAAUCUUAUCAAUUCAUGUACUUUCUACAAUGCACGGUUAUGUAACUUACAGUUUUUUAUAAUAAUAUUAGAGCACAAUUUAAUAUUAGAGCACAAUUUAAUAUUAGAGAGCGGCGAUUUUUUCGACAUUAUCAUGAAUGGCAAUAUGCUAUUUCGAUCACGUGAUUCUAAACUCUGUCUGUUUAUUAGUUUAUGGAACUUCUGGAGAUUCUUUUGUUUGGUAUAUAGGGUCAUUUCACGAAAAAAGCUUUAAUUAAAAAUUCGUUGGCAGCCGAACGUAAUAAGUAAGUCCAUGUGAUAAUUUGUUUGUAUGCAAAAAAAACCACUUUCAUCUAUACACUUAAGAAUGUCAAGAGAAAUAUUGAUGUUCUUCCUAUAUACAAAACUGCACAGGACAUUGCUAAUUGCAUGUUGACAAGCAAAUAAGUGCUCCUUGUAGCAAUUGCUAUUUCUACAUUCCUGAUCGCCGUACAUCGUAACAAACCAUUGUUUAUAUGAUGUCAUUUAAUUGUUUAAGUAAAAUUUUAACUUUAAUUGCAUUUAAAUAGUUGUUUGUUUUACUAUUUAAUGCUGAAAAUUUUAAAAGGUAAUUUUAUAGUCGAUAUAAACCUGUCGUGUACUUGUUGUACGCCUACCGUUUACAUUUGUGUACUCAUAAAAUUCGAUUACAAAAAGAUAAUAUGACUGUAAAGAAAAUAUACAUGUUAUUACAAUAUGAUAAUACUCAAAUGCUUUUUCUGAAAGAAAAUUGAAAUAUAUGAAACGGUCUACGGCGGUCGCGGUUUAAGUGUAAUAGUUUGAAUGCAAAUGCUUUUGUAACUUAAUAUUGUAAAAAUCGCUCAACUCUCAAACCAUGCAACAUUUUAGCGUGACUAGCUUGAGUAUAUUGUUUAUGUUUAAUAAGAUUUGAUAAACACUCAAGAGUAAAACAAACGUCCUUUCCAAUAUGUGUUUGUGUCAUAAGGAGUUGAGCCAAUUUUACAAAAGAAGUGUUUUUAAUCACAUUUUGGCUCAAAAAGCAUUUACAUGUUUUCCAAUAAGGCCACACCAAAUUGAUAUUUCGUUCCGCGGAUUUACCGCUCCUAUUUUUUUGAAAAUGUAAAAAAAAUAUUUUUAUUUUUUUUGUGCGCCCGCACCUCCAUUUUGAUCGCCAAGCAGAUUUUUUUCAGGUAAUAAUUUAUUAAAAGGCUAAAAAUAAUCAAGUAUAAUUUUUCUACGCUAGUUUUCGUGUUUUAGUAAAGGGAAGUUACCGAUGCGUAGUUUUUAUACUGUAUAUCGAUCGGUUUAGCAUGGGUUUCAAUAAAUUCAAUCAAAACGGCGGCUUCCGGUAUAAACAAUGUGGCUCGAAGUUUGGAAAUUAAAUCUUAUUUUUGACAAUAAAUAUGUUUUGAGCAUGCUUGAAGUCAUUGUUGAUCGUCUCAUGCACUAAAGGAUCAUUAUUUAAAGCAAUCAUUAUGCAAUAAAGCAUGUGUACUAGUAUCUAAGACUGGUAGCGAUUAUAUUGCGUAAUUAUGAAUGGAAAUCGGACAGGUCAACUUAACUGCAACAUAAGUCAUUAUUUGGUCCAAAUUGAUGUAUCAAGCUCAUUUUUGAUCAAAUUCUGACAAAACGACAGUUUUGAACAAAUAUCUUUUCACAAAUAGCGAUAUAAACACUGGUCUGGAUAUACCUCAACAUAAGUAAGCCUAAGUUUAUCACCUUAUAUUUUGUUUUUAUUUGCAGCAUAAUCCGGGAUUGUAAUGCACUUGUCAAUUGUAACCACUGCCCCGCCCACCCAUCGCCCUUGUUCCAGGGGUAUACCGGGGACAGCAGAGGCAAUGGGCUGUGUUUUUACCUUUCAGGUGGCCCCGCAGUGCCUAGUGAAUGUGGUUUUGUCUUCAUAUUGAAAAUAGUCAGGAAUGGGCCUCACAUAGGUAUUCGGGGUUGCGGGGCCAUUUGGCAGGGAUUUUACCAGCAAUGUGUCCCUGCAGGUCGGGUAUUUUACCCGGGUUUUGAGAGACCUGAAGUCAAAGUCCCUGCUAUUACGGACUUAGGGGGGGGGGGGGGGGGGGGCAUAUACAAUUGGCUGGUGCAUAAAAACAUCUAAAUAACCAAAAAAGUACUCUGAAAAAUACCCUUGUUCUUUUUGUUUUAAUAAGCACAUGUCAUUGCAUUUCCUGUGAUAAUAAAAACAAAAUUUAGUCUAUGUUAUAUGGAGUCUGAUGUUUGAUGAUGCCUGUGUAAGUGAUCAUUUUUUACAAAUCCCAAAUCAAUCCUACGUUAUGUCUAAAUACAGUUGCAUAUGAUGUUAAACUGAUUCAGGUAGAUUUAUAUAAGUCGUUUCAAACUUUUUACUAAAAGCAGGGUUAUUUAUUAUUAUGAAUGAUUGUCAUAUUAAAGUACGUUUUAAUUAUAUAAGAAAUUAGAUGAACGGAUGAAUAAAUAGUAUGUAUUCCGACAUUUUCCAAAUGUCCAUUAGAGGUUCAGUUCAAGAUGGCAUUAAAAUGGGUUUAAGGGCAAUUAUUUUGAACAAUCUUUCUUAUUUAUAUUGAAUAUAAGGAAAAAUAUAUUUUUCGCUCUUCGCUCGCUUCGGUUUUUAUGAAAACUGACAAACUUUUAUUUCUAUUUUUUUUUUUCGCUCGCUCGCUCCAUUUUUUUUUGGCAAAAAUCCGAGGAACUAAACAUUAAUUUGGUGUGGCCUAAAGUCUAUCCACAAUAUAAAUAUGUGUUGUGGCAAAAUGCUCCAGAUUACAUAGGCAACUAUUCCUUGUGGUUUCUUGAUGAUAACUUUUCAAAUAAGAAAUCACAAUAUAUUGUGAACUGGAUAGUCUUGAAUAUUUAGAUACACAAACAUAUUUAUUUUGUAGUAAGACUUCUCCUAAAAACUGUAAAUGCUUUUAGAAACAAAAUCUUAUAAAAUUCUCUACGGGAAAAUUUGUUUAACUUCUAUUUUACACCCACACAUAUUUCAAAGGAUGUUUCACUAACAUUUUAAAGGAUGUUUCACACAUAUUUCAAAGGAUGUUUCACACACAUUUUAAAGGAUGUUUCAAACACAUUUUAAAAGAUGUUUCACACACAUUUUAAAGGAUGUUUCACACAUAUUUUAAAAGUUGUUUGUAUUAUGCUUUCUAAAUACUGAACCUCAAAACUGAAUAGAAAAUGAAAUUUGGAAACAUUUCCUAUUUUGAUUUUCCAAAUCAACUUUUGCACUGUGGACGGUAAGUUUGAAACCUCUUGUUAGUACAUCUUUCUAUGUGAUUAAAACAUAAACCAUGCAAAAACGAAUAUUUCAAGUAGAUGUGACGAACAAGUAAAUGCCUUCGACAUAUUGAAUUUACCUUUUACCUUCAUUUACUGGAAUUACACUGUUGCCUCUUCAACCUGCACUCUCACAAAUUGACAGUUUUGACAUUUUUUGUCUCUGAAUCAGCUGAUUUUGGUAGCAAUGCCUCUCAAUAGAACAGAUAUCAAUUAUUUGGAAAACUGGCGACAAUUUUAUUUUUUUCUUAAAGCAUUACGCUUUAAGCCAUAAUACAUUACUUCUUAAACGUAAAUAUGAAAAACAAACUGCGGUCUGAUAUUUUGUCAGCAGUCUUGAUUCACUGUUUCUCCGACAUUUACGCAAAAAGUGGCUUAAUCCAAGACAAAGAAUAAAACAUGAUAUCAAAAAGGUCAAUCUGUCAGAGUGCAGCUUUAAAACCAAAUUGUCUGAUAAGUCAGAAACCAAAGUUAUCCAAUCAGAUAGCCGAAAAUGUUAUUCAGUCCGAUUUACGACUUCACUUUCAUUGUGAAACCUGGGCCUGGGGUUUAUUCCUUCUAUUGGAUGCAAAUAAAAGCUUCAUUAUAACAUUCUCA